UUUACCAGAAACCUGAGUUACAACAAACUCUCUGAGAUUGACCCUGCCGGCUUUGAGGACUUGCCAAAUCUACAGGAAGUGUACCUCCAUAACAAUGAGUUGACAGCCAUACCGUCCCUGGGUGCUGCCUCUCCACACGUGGUGACUCUCUUUCUGCAGCACAACAGGAUCCGCAGCGUGAACGGGAGCCAGCUAAAGGCCUACCUUUCCUUGGAAGUGUUGGAUCUGAGUUCGAAUAAUAUCACGGAGAUCCGGAGCGCCUGCUUUCCCCCUGGACUGUACAUACGAGAGCUGUACCUGGCCAGCAAUCACAUUGGCACCCUGGAGUUGGGAGCAUUCGAUGGCCUGUCACGGUCGCUGCUGACUCUUCGCCUGAGCAAAAACAGGAUCACUCAGCUUCCUGUAAAAGCAUUCAAGUUACCCAGGCUGACACAACUGGACCUCAAUCGGAAUCGGAUCCGGUUGAUCGAGGGCCUCACGUUCCAGGGCCUGGACAGCUUGGAGGUGCUGAGGCUCCAGAGGAACAACAUCAGCAAGCUGACGGACGGCGCUUUCUGGGGGCUGUCCAAUAUGCACGCGCUACACCUGGAGCACAACAGCCUGGUGGAAGUGAACAGCGGCUCCCUCUACGGCCUCACGGCCCUGCACCAGUUGCACCUCGGCCACAACUCCAUCUCGCGCCUCCACCGCGACGGCUGGAACUUCUGUCAGAAGCUGCAUGAGCUGAACCUGUCCUUCAACAACCUCACGCGGCUGGACGAGGAGAGCCUGGCCGAGCUGGGCAGCCUGAGCGUCCUGCGCCUCAGCCACAACUCCAUCAGCCACAUCGCCGAGGGCGCCUUCAAGGGACUCAAGAACCUGCGCAUCUUGGACCUGGACCAUAACGAGAUCUCAGGCACAAUAGAGGACACCAGUGGCGCCUUCACAGGCCUCGACAGCCUCAGCAAGCUGACUCUGUUCGGGAACAAGAUCAAGUCCGUGGCUAAGAGAGCGUUCUCGGGGCUGGAAGGCCUGGAGCACCUGGACCUGGAAGAGCGUGCCAUCAGCUCUGUGCAGCUGGACACCUUCAUCAAGAUGAGGAAUCUUAAGGAGCUCCACAUCAGCAGUGACAGCUUCCUGUGUGACUGCCAGCUCAAGUGGCUGCCUCCAUGGCUCGAGAGCAGGACACUGCAGGCCUUUGUGACAGCCACCUGUGCCCACCCAGAGUCACUGAAGGGCCAGAGCAUUUUCUCAGUUCCGUUGGAGAGCUUCGUGUGUGGUAAGACCUCUGCAGGGGUUCUGCUGGGCCACGUCUGUGACCUACUUUUGGCCCUGACAGUAGCCAUUUCCCUGCUGGGGGUGAAAGAGGACUGCCCUCCAUCCACGUGUUCACCCUUCACCCCACUGGGACGAACCCCUGCUGAGUGUGGGCCUGCUGGCCACCUCCCGCCUGGUUCAGACCCGGGAGAAGUAAGCAUGGAGAACGUGGUAGCAGACCUCCAGACGUGUGUCAUCACCAACCACUUUGGCUCCACCUACUCUAACAAGGCCCGGCUCACGGUGAACGUGCUGCCAUCAUUUACCAAAAUGCCCCGGGACAUCGCCAUCCGGACUGGUACCAUGGCUCGCCUUGAGUGUGCGGCCACCGGCCACCCCAACCCCCAGAUUGCCUGGCAAAAGGACGGAGGCACAGACUUCCCUGCGGCUCGGGAGCGUCGCAUGCAUGUCAUGCCAGACGACGACGUGUUUUUCAUCACUAAUGUGAAAAUAGAUGACAUGGGGGUUUACAGCUGCACCGCCCAGAACUCGGCAGGCUCUGUGUCAGCGAAUGCCACCCUGACUGUCUUAGAGACCCCGUCCUUGGUGGUACCCUUGGAAGACCGCGUGGUGUCUGUGGGGGAGACGGUGGCCCUCCAGUGCAAAGCGACCGGCAGCCCCUCCCCCCGCAUCACCUGGCUCAAGGGGAACCGCCCCCUGAGCCUCACCGACAGGCACCACUUCACCCCGGGCAACCAGCUGCUGGUGGUGCAGAACGUGGUGGUGGAGGAUGCAGGCCAGUACACCUGCGAGAUGUCCAACACGCUGGGCACCGAGCGCGCGCACAGCCAGCUGAGCAUCUUGCCCACGCCUGGCUGCAGGAAGGACGGGACCACCGUGGGCAUCUUCACCAUCGCCGUGGUGUGCAGCAUCGUCCUGACGUCGCUGGUGUGGGUGUGCAUCAUCUACCAGACCAGGAAGAAGAGCGAGGAGUACAGCGUCACCAACACAGAUGAAACCAUUGUGCCCCCAGAUGUUCCAAGCUACCUCUCUUCUCAGGGGACCCUUUCUGACCGGCAAGAAACUGUGGUCAGGACUGAGGGUGGCCAUCGGGCCAGCGGGCACAUSGAGAGCAACGGUGUGUGUCUGAGAGAUGCGGGCCUCUUCCCAGAGGUUGACGUCCACAGCAUCACGCGGAGGCAGCCCAAGCUCUGCGUUGGGUACAGUAAAGAGCCCUGGAAAAGUUACUCCAAGGAGCAGGCCCCCCACCCUCAGCCCACAUGCAGGGACAGCACACAGCCAAGUGCACUGCGUGGCCAGGAUCCCAGCCAGGGCGACCAAGGAGACUCUCCACAUCAUCCUCGCAGUGGGGCCGGGGACGGGUCCCUCUACCCCAGCAACCACGACAGAAUGCUGACAUCCUUGAGGAAGCCGGCAGUGUCCCUAGAUGGAAAAGGGGGCUCCGCCUGGACUCUAGCGAGGCUGUGCGACGCGGACCCCGCAGCCCUGCAGCCCUGCCCUGCCUUCCCUUCAGGCAGCAUGGAGCUCCCGGAGGCCUCCCUGGCCUUUCCUGCUGUCCCCAGCGAAGCCCAGCACUUGCUCCUUUCCAAUGGCCACCUCCCCCAGGCAUGUGACUCCAGUCCUGAGUCCACACCACUGACAGGACAGCUCCCUGGGAAACGGAGGGGACCAUUGCUGUCGGCGCCCACAAGCUAGGCUCUGUCUACCUCAGCUCCUGUCACACCAGUGUCCACGGGAAGGAGAGGCGGGGAGGCCGGGAGGCGGCCGGGGUCAGCGUCGCUGAGCUGUACAAAGUUGUCACUUCCGUGUGGAGCACGAGCCAGGCAGAGGACUCGCAUCUGAAGCACAGAAAUGCAAGAGGCUAUUUGUGUACAAAAGGCAGAAAAAGUAUUUGAUACGGUUGUACAUAAGAGUUUUCAGAGAUUUCCUAUAUAUUAUAUAUCUUUGACAGAGGCUAUUUUAAUCUUUAGUGCAUGGUUAACAACAGAAUUAUACAAUUUUGACAAUAUUAUUUUCCUAUCAGGUUGCUGUUUCCUUGGAGGGGGUUCUGGUGCCUUAGUGCAUGGCGGGAAUUUAGAGACAAAAGCCACAUUUGUUUCCCGGGGUUCCUGGUGGGUUUGGAAGGACGGGGAGUCCUUGGUGUUGUGUGCCCUUCGCAGUCACGUUCGGCCUGCGUUGGUGGCUCCUGCAAUGUGCCUUUGCUGUGAGGGGCUUUUCCCUGGAGGCUUGCUUCUUUGA